CGUGGUCAACUUAUACAUUACCUUUUAGGGAACAUGGUUGAGGUAAGCAACAUUCAGAAUGCUUUGUCGUUUGAAAUCGAGGGUAGGAUCAUCUCAUUUUCUGUUUCUGAUUUCUCCCACAUUAUGGGCUUUCCUUAUGAUGAAAUUGUCUCUAUUGUGCAUGAUAAUGAUUCUGAGAGGGGUGAUAUCUGGAAUACAUACUUUCCAGACUGUAAAACAAAAGUCAAACGUCGGGAUAUUAAGAGUGUAUUUCAGUCCAUUCAGAGGGGUAGAAAACCAGAGGAAAACAUCGUUAAGCUUUCCUUGUUAUAUGUUUUGUCCCAUGCUUUUUUGGCUGCCGAAGGUCAAGUUUCAAUCCAUUCAACAUACCUUAACCUUGUAGAUGAUCUAGCUGCUUUUAAUUCUUACCCAUGGGGCAGAGUCAUUUGGGAUGACAUGGUAGGUUAUUUCAAGGCUUCUUUAAAGAGCAUUGAAUCUAAUCCUUCCCAUUACAAUGUUUACGGUUGUGUCAUUGCAUUACAAGUGUGGGCUUUUGAGUCAUUCCCCGCUCUUAAAGUUAUAAAUCUAGCUCAUCUAGUAGAUCCUUGUUCUGAACCAAGUAUACUGAAAUGGUCCUCCACUGCAAAGCCAUCCAGCGAAUCCUUGAAGGAUGCAAUCUUUUGCAACAAAGGAUUUCUUUUCACUCCCAUUUCACAAUCUGACAGUGUUCGUGAGCUUGACAACCCUCCAAAACCAGUCCCAUUGAAGAAAAAAGGCGUGUCAAACCUUCUCAUGAAUCUGAAGAUAGAUUUACCCCACCACUACCUAAUACUACAACAGGUUCUGAUGCCCA